GGGGCGGCAGCGGGGCGGGUUUUGUGCGCCGCCGCCACCGCCCCAACCCAGGCAGGCAGCAGAGAUUUGGGAGAGCCGUCGCCAUGGGAGUGGAAGGCUGCACCAAGUGCAUCAAAUACCUCCUUUUCGUCUUCAACUUCAUCUUCUGGCUGGCCGGAGGCAUCAUCCUGGGAGUGGCCCUGUGGCUUCGCCAUGACUCGCAGACUACGAAUAUYCUGUACCUGCAGCUGGGGGACAAGCAGGCCCCCAACACCUUCUACGUCGGAAUCUACAUCCUGAUCGCAGUUGGAGCUGUCAUGAUGUUCGUGGGAUUCCUGGGAUGCUACGGAGCUAUUCAGGAGUCUCAGUGUCUUCUGGGAACGUUCUUCACUUGCCUGGUGAUCCUGUUUGCCUGCGAAGUUGCGGCUGGAAUUUGGGGUUUUGUCAACAAAGAUCAAAUAGCCAAAGACGUGAAGCAGUUCUAUGAUCAAGCGCUUCAACAAGCACUCAUGGGAGAAUCGGAUGCAAACAACGCCAAAGCUGUAGUGAAGACCUUUCAUGAAACGCUGAACUGCUGUGGUUCUGAUAUUGUAACAGCGACUUUCACUCCUGUGUGGAGGGAUGACCUCUGCCGAAAGGACUCCCUGAAAAGCUUUUUUGAGAACACUAAUUGCCACAAAAAAAUCGAUGAGCUCUUCUCCGGGAAGCUCUACYUGAUCGGUAUCGCUGCCGUCGUGGUUGCUGUGAUCAUGAUCUUCGAGAUGAUCCUGAGCAUGGUGCUGUGCUGUGGCAUAAGGAACAGCUCCGUCUACUGAGCCGUGAGAGCCGGGCAGGGGAAGYGGGGAGUAGGGCGGACGGCGCUAGAGGGGACCCCAAGUGCCACCAAGUGACCAGGAGACAUUUCAACAACAGACAAAGAAAACUAUGUAUAUAAAUGCUUCCAAUAUUACCAUACAGUACUUACACCAUUUUUAUUUUGAAGUACUUUUUUUUUUUUUUUAAUAAAUAAAACUUUCCCGUAUCUUUGUGGCUGAGUUAGUUACACAUCAGUUUUGUGUGAUGGGAAAGCUGCUGUAGCAGGAGAUCAAGUCCUUCCUCCCCCUUCCCCACCCUCAGUAACUCAGAAGUAACGUUGGUGGAAGAUGUAUGGAGGACAAGGCUGCAGCCUGGUCUCAGAAAACUUUGCCUUGGUUUUACCAACUUUUUUAAUUGGAUGCUGAAGCAGAGUUUAGCAUUUUUGUUAAUUUGUACUCAUCUUUUCCAACCAUCACCCCAGCUCCCRGUGUUUCCAAGCUGUCUGUAGGGAAGCCUGGCUGACUGCCCAAAGCCUGGGAGAGAGUAGGGGAUACAUCGCACCCAGGCAAUGGAGACUGUCCCAGGAGAAAGAGGCAUUGUUCUUCUCCAGCCUSUUUCCAUCUGUAGGUCAGUCCUUAACAGAAGUCAUGCUGAAACUUUUUUACUCUCUAAAGAGUAAAAAUGUUUUUUGGUUUUGUGUUUGAUUGUUUGUUUUCUUGGGGGUAUAGCUUUAUAAAUUGGCUCAUUUCCAUUGAUUCAUUACGUUGAAAGGUCAGUGGCUGCGGGUGAAUUUUAGUGCCAGUUUUUCAAAUAUAACAAACUGAAAAAUACUUUUUUUAAUGUCCUUCAAUGUUUCAUUAUAGACAUAUUUCAAGGAGAGUCUAGUUCUAUACCAAGUUUCCACUGUUAAGCUAAUGCUCAUAUAGAAAUUAUAUUGGAAAAAGAAGAAAACAUAAAAAAAAAGGUCCUUGACUUUAGAAAUCCUGUUUUUAUGUACUGCAGGAUGACGCUUGGGUGUUCCCAACCAUAUGCAUACAUGCUUAAAAUUUUGUCUUUGCAUCACUCUCUUGUUCAGUGAAAUUAUCCUUAAUUAUAGCAUAUUGUCACACACUAUAAUAUUGCUGAGAAAUUGUCAUAAUUGGAUAGUGAAAAAAAAAAAGUUUAUUUUUAAGAUCUUCCAGUUAUAUUAACRGCAGAUCAGCUUAGAAAAUCAAGGUAAUUUAGCAUGUUAGAUCGCACCAGUUCAAACACAUUCUUGUGAUCUGGUAACUUUGGUUAUCACUUUGAUACUUUUAUAUGCCACUCUGUUACCAUGUAGAUAGAGGGGGAGAGUGACCCAGGAGCUAUGUAAUAAAAUCAGAGUGUCACUAAAAAGAUGAUCUAUAUGUAUAGUUCUAUAGAUAUAUAUUUUUAAGCAAAGCCUUUUCCUUAGCCGUACAGGCACUUGAGAUAGAAAUUAUAAUAUCUCUCAGYUCUUUGCCACCUUGAAGCAGGUAAGGGGAGGAGUUUAAAUUAGUGAUCACUAUCCCCAAUUCAGGAGUAUUUCUGUUUCWUAAAGUAUUUCAGUCUCCCCCUUUGUCACAACAAAGUGCUUCAGAUCUGAUAGGGAGGGAGAUGUGUGAUGAGCAAUCAUUUUAAAUCAGUAUCUUGUCCACUGCAUGUGGCUAUCAUGGCUGUUGCCACUACAGGAUGAAACAUUCCUGCACUGGGGCAAACUGAUCCAUUCAGAAGUUUUUCUUCCCUUCUACUCCCCCCUUUCCUCUUCCUGCCUUUUAGUAUAUAGGGCCUUUAAAAAGUAUAUAGGUAAAUAUAUAUAAAUAUAUAUAUAUAUCAAGUUGUGCUGGGUAAUGAGGAGGAAGUGCUUCAACAGAUCUUCAUAUUGAGGGGUUGGACAAGAAACGAUUCAGCCUUAGAAAUAGCCUUAAAGCAACACUGCCCUGAAUGUCCAUGUUGUGCACAUGAAGAAUGAGACGAGGUUUUUGCAGUAGGUAACCCCUUCCCCUGCUCCCCAGCGUAGCUCCUUCCGGUCAUCUACUCUGUUAUGUGGCCAUAUGUAUAUGCAUCAUCCAAGCAUGUGUGUUUACUACAUCUAUGUGCAUCAGGAUUGUCAGCAUACAGAAUGGAUGUGUAACUUGCCACCUUUUUUGUUGACUGUUGGUAAAUGUGUAUAAAUAUGCCAUUAAACAUUUCAGUUCUGUUUUCUUUUCCUUA